UCUCAAACCCUAAAAUGCCCUCAUCAAAUUUAGACUAGUAUAGAUAGAUAGGCGUUAUUAGGGUUUUCGUUAGCCCCUCCCAUCAUCUUCUUCCACUUGAGUAGCCGGCUCUCGCAACAAAACCAGUCUUUGAGUUAACACAGCCGCAUUUCACCAGGAUGGCUAGAGGGUUGAAGAAACAUUUGAAGAGGCUCAAUGCCCCUAGGCAUUGGAUGCUUGACAAGCUUGGUGGUGCUUUUGCACCCAAGCCAUCAUCUGGUCCUCACAAGUCUAGGGAAUGCUUGCCAUUGAUCCUCAUUCUGCGAAACAGAUUGAAAUAUGCUCUGACCUAUAGAGAAGUCAUUGCUAUUCUCAUGCAGAGGCAUGUUAUGGUAGAUGGGAAGGUUAGAACUGAUAAGACCUACCCUGCUGGUUUCAUGGAUGUUGUUUCGAUUCCUAAAACAAACGAGGACUUCCGUCUUCUUUACGACACUAAAGGACGUUUCUGUCUCCAUGCUAUCACUGGCGAUGAAACCAAGUUUAAGCUUUGCAAGGUUCGAUCCGUCCAAUUUGGCCAGAAGGGCAUUCCAUACCUGAACACAUAUGACGGGCGUACUAUUCGCUACCCAGACCCCUUGAUCAAGGCAAAUGACACCAUUAAGCUGGACCUUGAGAGCAACAAGAUUGUCGAUUUCAUCAAGUUUGACGUUGGGAAUGUUGUCAUGGUCACCGGAGGAAGGAACAGAGGUCGUGUUGGAGUAAUUAAAAACAGGGAGAAGCAUAAGGGUAGCUUUGAGACCAUUCAUGUUCAAGAUGCUGCUGGGCACGAAUUUGCAACUCGUCUUGGUAAUGUCUUCACAAUUGGAAAAGGAACGAAGCCAUGGGUGUCGCUUCCCAAGCGCAAAGGUAUCAAGUUAUCCAUCAUCGAGGAAGCUCGGAAGAGGCUUGCAGCCCAAAAUGCAGCUUGAACUUUAACAUGAGAUAUCCAGAUACGUCUUGUUUUCACCUAAAGAGUAAAAUUUGGAGAACUAAUUUCUUCUUGCAGUUUAAAGUGUUUGUGUUGUGGGUGAUGUCAUAGACUUUUAUUUUAUAGAAUAUUUUGAUGUUUUCUUGAUUAUCAACCCUGCUUUUUUCAAA